CUUGCUGAGGUUUCCCACGUGGUAGAGGAGGUCGUGCGCGGCCUGAAAGUUGAAGCUCUCCUCGACUUUCGUGUAGGGACAGAGCGCCAGGUACAGGAGACACAGCGAGACCAGCAGGAGGUCGACAAUGGAUCCAGAUUCCAUUGAGAGCGCGCCCAGUCAGCUGGCGUAGCUGCGCACUAAUUGGAACGCAUGUCCCUUCGAGGAAAGGUUCUCGGAUCUUACAGACUGCUCCUCAGAGCCUGCCAAAACCUCUGCCGGGAUGACCUCGUCGCACUGAACCGUGCUAGGGCAGCGAUCAAGGAGGAAUACAAUAAGCACGGUACUGUUGAAAACGAGCAAGAAAUUGAAGAGUGGGUAGGCAGAGCUGUGGAUGCAGAGAAGUAUGUUGAGACAUCAUGUGGUACAGGCCGUUCCUGUCAAUGACAAUUUAUACAGACUGAGGAUUACAGAGGAGACGGUACUGUCAGACAACCCAAUUCCACCUGCCAACCCACCACCUUAGCCCCCUACACACACUCUCUCCUCACAACUCGCACCGCAACAACCAUCUUACUUGACAGUUUCCUCCGUCUCAACACAUUCUGUGUGUAACGACUUAAAAAAACACUUUCUCCAAAAACAGUGGCUGCCACAUAAUAUCCAACAGUGAAAAUGAAUCAUUUGCGCUGGAAAAAUAUCUUCAUGGUGUUCAGAAACUGCAUAUAAAACUUCUAGGACAAUAAUACAUGAGCAUUUACACCUAAACACGAACAGUGAACGGUUGGUAUAAAUAAAGGUGUGUACAAUAAUAAAUGCAAAUUAAGGGGAAGAAAUAAUUAUGACAUGAUUAGAUGGGGUCUUGUAGCUGAGUGGCUGAAUGGGGGUGGUAAGGGAUGAUGGUGGAGGGAAGGCAGGAUGUUCUACUUCAUGACCUAUUGACUUC